CCCGGCCGGACACCGGAGCACGUUUUUCACACCGCAAUAACAAGAGUGACAAUAAUCAGUCAAUAGAAAGAUUUUGGGAUCUGUUCAGAAGCUUCAGGUGGGUCCGGAUUUGGUCCGCGGCCCACCUACUGACCACCCUGAGGGCCGGGCGGGAGUGUUGGCUUAGUGGCUUCCCAUAGAAAACAGAUGCCGCCAGAAAAUCAGAGGCAAAACAGACACACGUGGCCCCCAACAUGUGGCAAUCCCCUGCGAGGUUUUCGUGUGCACGGGGCUGCGUUUGUGCCACCGACGCCAUCUGCACGUUCACCGAGGGAUGGGCAGGAGAGCAAUGCCUGGAAAACAAUGGUGGGAGCAAGUUCACAGGAUGAUCCCGCCCAACAGUGCAACUGAAAUGAGUGAGCGUCUUCCCAGCAUGGAGAGUCCAAAGUGUCUGGCUUUGUCUGCACUGACAGCGGCAGCGUUUUUACGCGACAGUGUGGUUGCGGCGCCAGCGCUGGCGAGAGCUCUCCCGGCACAGUAGGAAAACCGCCUCCACGAGGGGCGCAGCUCCCGGCGCAGUAGGAAAACCGCCUCCACGAGGGGCGCAGCUCCCGGCGCUGGGACCCUCUCUACACUGAUGCCGGUGACCUUCGAGGAGGUGGCUGUGUAUUUCACCCAGGGGGAAUGGGCCUUGCUGGACCCGGGUCAGAGAGCCCUCUACAGGGACGUCAUGCAGGAGAAUUACAGGAAUGUGACCUCGCUGGAGCAGGUUUUCCAAUUCCCAAGCCCAGCGUGAUCUCCCAGCUGGACCGAGGGGAAGAGCCAUGGGUCCCUGAUCUCCAAGGGUCCCAGGCUAGAGAGAUCCAGAGAAACAUCCCCAGAGCAGGUGAUGAGACGCUGAGUGAGAGCAAUGAAGAGAAUCCUUGUCCCGCAGGUCCUGAGCGAAUGGAACCAAAGGGGGCGUUGCUGGGAAGGUGUGAAGGGGAUGAUCCCCAGAGUCAUGGGCAGGCCAGAGAAACUCAGUGCAGGCCAGAGAAGCAGCAGGGAAACCCCCCCGGGAAGACACUGGGUGAAUCCACUCACCGAGGGGGACGUUUGGAAGAUCUCAAUGUGGCCAUGAUCCAGGCGAGAACCUGUACUAAGGAGAAGCGGUUUGAAUGUGCUGAGUGCAGGAAAUGCUUCAGUUAUGGAUCACACCUUGUUAGACAUCAGAGAUCUCACACAGGAGAGACCCCCUAUCACUGCCCUGAGUGUGGGAAACAAUUCAAUGACCAGUCAAACCUUAUUAGACAUCAGCGAACCCACACAGGAGAGAGACCCCAUAAGUGCCCUGACUGCGGGAAAUGCUUCAGUCAGAGGUCAGACCUUAUUGUACAUCAGAGAAUCCACACGGGAGAGAAAUGCCAUAAAUGCCCUGACUGUGGACAAACCUUCACUCAGAGUGCACAUGUAACCAGACAUCAGAGGAUUCACACGGGCGAGAGACCCUACGGAUGCCCAGAGUGUGGAGAAAGCUUUGCUUGUACCUCAGACCUUAUUAUACACCUGAGAGUCCACACGGGAGAGAAACCCUAUAGCUGCCCCGACUGUGGACAAAGCUUCACUCAGAGUCAUCACCUUACUGACCAUCGGAGAAUCCACACAGGAGAGAGACCCUUUGCCUGCCCCGACUGUGGGAAAAGCUUCAGACAAAAAUCUGGUUUCAAUGUCCAUCGGAGAAGGCACACGGGAGAGUGCCCCUAUCAAUGUUCCAUCUGUGAGGAAAGGUACAAGACCAAGACUUCCUUAAUAUUCCACAUGAAACUCCACAUUGACUAGUGCUGGCCAUCUCCCCUCCUCUUCUCUCUGCAUCCGUAGAGAUCGGAGGAACGGUGGGGAUAAUAAAGAGUUGCCCAGUGCCCUAGGGAUCCAAGUGGCUCCGCUAUUGACGUGAGUGCUGUGUGUCUCAGGAGGACGGAGGCACCAGGCGAGUGACAUUAUUAUUAUGUAUUGCAUUAUUCUCUGAGCCUCUCCCAUCCCUUCCCGGCACUCUCUGUCAGGGGCAGGCCGAAGGGUUCAGCUGGGUGUCCUGGUCCCUGUUUUCAGCCAGGGGCUCAGUUCACGUUGUUGUACACUGGGAUGAUUCUGGAAAUUGCUGCCCCAGGAGGCAUUUUCUCCCUGUUUCUGCAUGGUGGGGAUGAGGAGGGGUCUGGAAUUUCUGGAAAGUCGGAUGUCUGUGGAAUCUUUAUUGCUUAUUGAAUUAUUUUCUCAGUAUUACUUAAUUAUGUGUUUUUUAUCCCCAAAUUAGAUGCAAAUAAAACUUUUCUGGCAAAUCCCAUUUUCCUGAGCAGCCUGGGAAUGUCCUUGGUUCUUGAGCUGUGGGAGGGGGAGAGGCCAAGUGUCCCAGACUGGCUAUGCUACUUUGGGUGAUGCCCACUGCUGACACUUCAGGUACAAUGAUGGAAAAGCCAGACCGGGCGGAUGGCCCAUCAGUGAGGACACACGAUUGUGAAAAAGGCUUGGCCUUCCUGUGGACGCUCCCUACUGCCCCUGACUCAUGGAUGCUGCGAUCUUGUGGUUUUGAAACUUUUCAAACAUGAAGCAAGUGUAACUGAAGCACUUUUGUCUUCCUGAAUCCAGCAACGUCCUGUAAUAACUGCUAUGGGCUCGGACCCCCACCUCUCUGUUGAGGGUCACCAGGACGGAGGGAUCCGGGUUGUGUGUCAGUCGGCCGGCUGGCACCCAGAACCUGAGGCUCAGUGGAGAGAUCACCGUGCUGCUGAAAAAAUACCCAGGGAGCCCAAUGGCCCAUUUCAAACUCAGAUUUCUAUUAUUAGAAGAUUCCAACCAGAAUUUGUCCUGUUCUGUCAGGAACCCGCUCAUCAACCAAGAGAAAAUAUCAACAGUUUCAUAGCAGGUGCAAAUGUUUCAGCGCAGCCCCUAUCUACUCUAUCCCAGAGGCUGGUCCAGAUUAGAAGGCAGAAAAAACGAACUCGGGACGACAUGUUCGCCGAGCUCAUGCAGUCCUCCUGCACUGAUAGGGCCCAGCUGAAUGCAUGGAGGUAAACAAUUGCAGAGUCCCGUAAAGCAUUACAGGAACAUGAAGAGAGGAGGGAGGUGCGCGAUGAGAGCAGGCAGGACGCUAUGGUCAAACUCAUGGGGGAGCAAACUGACAUGCUGCGCUGUAU